UCCAUUAAUUGAGCCCUAAAUGGAGGAAACCCUAAUAGACCCAACCCCAAACCCUCUCCUAUAUUUCUCUGCACUGCGCCCUUCGCUUUUAAGCUGCCGCAGUGUCUUCUCAAUUUGGAGUUCUUCCUUUCUCAUCGCCUCGAAAGCGUCUUAUUAGGAGCUUGCAAAUAUGGGUCGUGUGCGCACGAAGACUGUGAAAAAGUCCUCCCGACAGGUGAUCGAGAGGUAUUACUCCAAGAUGACCUUGGAUUUCCACACAAACAAGAAGAUAUUGGAGGAGGUUGCUAUAAUCCCCUCCAAGCGUCUCCGAAACAAGAUUGCUGGCUUCUCCACUCAUCUCAUGAAAAGAAUCCAGAAAGGUUCUGUUCGUGGAAUCUCGUUGAAACUGCAAGAAGAGGAGCGCGAGCGGCGCAUGGACUUCGUGCCUGAUGAGUCUGCCAUCAAAACUGAUGUUAUUGAGGUUGACAAGGAGACCAUUGACAUGCUUUCUGCCCUUGGCAUGGGCGACCUCCCUGGGGUUGUCAAAUCAACCGUUGAACCACAAUCUUUACCUCCUGUUGCUUCUUUUGGUCGCGGUGGACCGAGGAGGUACUAGGUUUUCAGCACUUGAUAGCUAUUUCAAAUGCAGGGUUUGUAGUUAGGCGACUUUGACUUUAUAUUUUGUGGCCAGGACGGACCUUCUUGUUUUGUUAUUGAUUUUGAGUUUUAGUGUCUGGUGAUGGGAUAAAAGAGUGGCAAGUGGUUUGAUAGAAAAGGACCCAUACGAUCUUCAAGUCUUUUUUUUUUUUUGGGUAUUUAAUGUCAUGAAUUAGAUGUUGCUAGACUAAAAUACAGGUCUCUCUGAAGUUCUGGAAAAAUAAUGCUUUAAAGCUUCUA